AUGGCCGCAGACAUUCCAUUUUCAGACUACCUUGAGAUUCACAAUCUCAUUUUCCAAUGGUCAGAAAGCUACGAUACUAAAAACUGGGAGCUCUUGCGACAGUUGCUGGCUCCUUCGAUACGCCUGGACUUUCGCGGCCUGCACGGGGCUUUACACGACCAGAUCUCUCCGGAUGAAUACGUUGCCAUCUUGUCAGACAAGAAGCUCAUCGGCGACGAAAGACUAAAGACGCAGCAUCUAGUCGGCGCAUCGAAAUGGGAGCGUGAGAGCGAUGGUGCGAUUGAAGUCGUCCUCCAGCUUCGGGUUGCGCAUCAGCGCUACACUGCCGACGAUCUCCAAGUCGUGGAAAAUAAGGGUCAUGCUCACGGAUUUGCAACGCAUAGGUACAGAAAAUUCCAAGGGGCGUGGAAACUGGAAAGUGUCGCACCCAAGCUCGUAUGGAGCGAGUAUGAUCUCUUGGGGACCCUGAAUCCAAAGGAGGACUCAUGA